AUGUCUUCUGCGACCGAACUGAAGACCAAGGCGGAUGCCUUGAAGCAGAAAGCCAGCGAGGCGGAUCAAGCCAACCAGAAUCAGACCCAAGCUGUCUUCCAAAUUUACAACUAUGAUCCUCUGUCUCGCACCUCUUCCAUGGAGAAGUUUGUCUCCCUUGGGAGUGUCAGCAACCUGGCUGGCAAGAAGCUCUCCGACUUGCGAAAGAUGUUCAUUAGCGAGGGCGUGUUAUCUUAUAGACAACAAGGAAGCCCAUUCUGUAACCAGGAGGGUGCCGAAACGAAGGAGGACACCCUUCUGGGAGUGUAUUUGAAGGGGGCCGGGAAUAAACUGGAGGUAUUAGAGUCCAAGACUGAGGAGAAGGCUAAGACAGAUGUGGCAACAACUGGGGGGGGCAAUGUCCUCAGUCAAGACACUCAGUCUUUGAAUGUGUACUUGAAGUUGAAGAGCCUUAAGACGGAAUUGGAUUCCGACACCAAGGAGUUCUUGAAUUCCAAGCCCGAUCUUGAGUUAUCCAAGGCUCCCGGUUUACCCACCACUAAAGCUGAAGCAAUUGCAUCGACUUAUGUUCACUCCAACUUCAUGGCUGCGAAGGGUGGUGCUAUCGUUUAUCCGUCGGACAUGAGCGAGAGACAUUGGAACAUCGUCUUCAGGAACAACUGUCUUCUACAUGGAAGUCUGACAAGCAUGUAUGAGGUUGCUGUCAACAAAAGGGUCGAGCGAGCCGUCUAUCCAGCGUUCCAACUGGCCAAGCGUCAAUUCCAGGACUUUGAGACUUCUUUCGCUUCUGACAUUCCUCCUCCAAAGCAAAUGCUUCGCAUUCCUCGAUUCCGCAUUGAGGAUGACUCCUACGUCGAAAUGACUGAGACAUCCAAGUCUGUUGCGAAGGCUAUGGCGGACAGCUCCAUGAGCCAAUAUGCAGCUGAAUUCGCCAUCGGUGGAGGCGCGCUUGGUGUGACUGCUGCAGUUAAGGGCGGAUACUCAUCCAGCAAGUCCAAAGCAUCGGCGACUCAGAAUGACACCCAAACGAAGGUGUUGACAAUCACCUACAAUUUCCCUCGUGUGGUUAUAAACCUAGAUGAAAGCAGUCUUGAAUUGACCGAGGAAUGCAAAGCGGACAUCAACCACCUGGGCGAUACGUUGUCCUUGGCUGAUUUCAAUGAGAAAUACGGCCACUUCUUCGCAACUCGAAUUGAACUCGGAGGAAGACUUCACUCGUCCGAAGACUGCUCAAAGCUUCAGGAGUCGGAUAAGACAGAAAAGGCCAAUUCCAUGAAGGCAGCUGCGAGUCUUUCGUUCUCUUCCCCUUGGGUCCAGGCUUCUGCAAGUGGUAGUUACGGUUCGGCCUCCAACAGCAUGACAGAGAACAAGACCAGUUCGAUGAAUAUGACCAUGACCUGGGAAGCGAAGGGUGGAGACACAUUGCUUUGCAACAAUCCACCUGCCUGGUGCAACACAGUUGCAUCCUAUUACAACUGGCGUGUUGUUAAGCAAGAAUCUCUGAUUCCAGUGACCGACCUGAUUAUGAAUCUUCCCGGUGGUUCUAUCCUUAAAUCCAAGAUUGCUGCCAUCAAGAACCCCGGGGGCAAGACCGAGACCGACGGGGGUAAGACUGAUGGAGGUAAAACAGGUACGUCGGACAAGACAAGCCUGCCAGUGAACCCAGAAAUUCCUGUUGUAAACCCUGGAAAGACGGAGAAGCCCAACUCUUCUAUCAAGCCGGACACGACAUCUCAGUCCGGCAAGACCGAGAAGGUCGUGCCUCCGGUCAAACCAGAAACGACUACUCAGCGGGACAAGGCUCCAGUCGUCAAGCCAGUGGUAACUGAAAAACCAGGCACCACAAUACCUCCGAAAGCCAAGACAAUCAAGUCGAAAGUAUCCAUAUCCGUAAAUCAAGGGUCCCGGUAUCUAGCAGGCAGAAAUGAGGCGGGCAUGGCUAUGGGUAUUUUCCUUCAAGAUCUUGACGGCAGCAGUGGUUCCUACACUCCGGCCCAGCAGAAAUUUAUCGCAGAUCUCGACGUGGAUAGCAUGUUUAAUAGCGGCUGCUCGCUCGUCAACAACGCCAGCGACCAGAAGUUUGAAAUCGAGGUUGAACAUAGCUCUAACGAGAAGCCACUGCUCAAACGCAACGUCCCUUACCGCAUAUUUUCUAAGAAAGCUGAGAAAUGGAUGACCUCAACUCCAACCCUUCCGGGCUUUUAUGACAAAUCUCUCCUCUAUCUGGAGUCCUCGGCGGCCAAGUCUGGAGAGGUAACUACCUUUGCGUUCGAUUCGCUCCGACAUCGCUCCGUGAGUAACAUUGAAGACGGGGACACGAUCUUCAUCCGGAUGUUCGACGCCUCUGGACGUAGCCUUGGUGCGUUGACUGAUAUUUCGUCGAACAAUGGGAAGCUAUCCGGUGCUAUCGGUACUAAGGGAACUUCGGAGAAGUUGAACCUCACGAUCAAGUAUGCUUAA